AAAAAAAACCUAAGUAGCCGACCGACGACUAGAAUGAGGUAUUAUUCUACAGCUCCUUCUUCUUCGUGCCGUGAGCCAUCAUCGUCUCCAUCGUUCUCAUCGCUUCCAGAUGAAAUCGCUGCGAAUUGUUUAGGCCGCGUCUCGAAAUCUCAAUACCGUUCAAUCAGCUCAGUCUCCAAGGGGUUCUACUCUCUCCUCUCUUCUCCGGAGAUAUACGCAGCUCGAUCUCAAAUCGGAGCCACAGAGCCUCGCCUCUAUUUGUGUUGUGAAAGCUUAAGGACGGCCACCCGUUGUUACAGCUGGUACAAUCUCAUGAGUCUCGAUGAUGAUGAUGAUGAUGAUAUGAUCAAAAAAGGAGACGCCUUUAUCAGCGUAGAGGGGGCUGAAAUUGAAAUGAAGACUGAAUUGAGGUUAGUACCUGUUAAAGACUCUUCCUUUCAAUUACGUGCUCGAUCAAAAGAGGCAAAUUUAGCUGUUGGUUCCGAGAUCUACCAAAUCGGCGGAAUCAACAAGCAGGGCAAGCGAUCUCGAUCCGUCUGUGUGCUUGAUUGUCGGAGUCACACUCAACGUCGUGCUCCUAGGAUGAGGGUUGCAAGAGAAUGCGCCAAAGCUUGUCUUUUAGACGGGAGUAUAUAUGUUAUGGGAGGAACCAGAAAGUGUGAGAGUUGGGGUGAAGUUUUCGACUUAAAGUCUCAGACUUGGAAGAAAGAGCUACUUCCUAGCCCUACCGGUGAUGGGUUUGAUUGUAAAUUCCAACUCCUUGUCCUUGGGGCAAAGAUAUACGUUAUCACCGAGCAUAACAACAAGUAUGCUUAUGAUCCUAAACAAGGAAGAUGGUUGCUGCUAGAGAUGGGUUUUACGGGUCUAGAAUGGAUACUAGAAACAUGUGGGGUUUGGUGCGUUCUAGAUAAUCUAGUGUUUAAGGAGUUCAGCGAUGACUUGUGGUGGUAUGACGUGACCUGUGAAAAGUGGGUAAUUGUUGAGGGUUUGGAAGCUCUGUGCGAUACCAAGUUUUGUUGUUGUUACCGUAUGAUUCAAUUAGUUAACUAUGGUGGGAAACUGGUGAUUGUAUGGCUAGUGACACCUCAACCUGUAUUAAGGAGGAAUAAGCCGCCUGUCGUUCCAGAAGAGAAAACUUGCUUUGCCCUGAUUAGGUUGGAGAAGCGUCUGACUUCUUCUGGACUCGCUAUUUCGGGAGAGAUUGAACGCUUGAGCUUCUCUCUUGUUCACGGCUCAUAUAAUCCCUUGACAUGCCUAUCCGUCUUGCUUUGAUUAUUAUAUCAAAAUUCCUCUCUUGCGUGAAAUUUAUUUAUCUUUAUUUCACUUUGUUUUGUAAUCUUUUUUUUUUUUUUUUAAUUUAUGUUGUAUGCUUAGUUCAUCUUUGUGUGCACGCUUGAUAACUUCAAAUCUAUAUGAAUAAACUUUUCGAGUU